AUGUCUUCCUCUCUAACAGAUGUAUUUGGCUUUUCCGAAGACAGCCAAACUAACACGAUAGCUCUUUUGCGGAUGGUGGAGCAAUGGGAUGGAGAGGACCAAAAUCGCAAAUGUCAAGCGUUGUCCAAUCAAGAUGAUGCGGAGAUUCAACAAUGUCUACACAAUAUUCCUGACGGCCUUAUCUUAGACUUCUUACUAAAAUAUUUCGCGCGCGAGGUGAAUUGCCCGACUUGUGAUGUCUAG